AUGAAAAAUGAAGGGGAAAUGGCCAACCGGCCAGACAACACUGCCUUUACUCAACAGAGAUUGCCGGCAUGGCAGCCUGUGUUGUCUGCUGGAAUCGUCAUCCCAGGAUUUGUACUGAUCGGCCUGGCAUUCAUCGGGAUUGGUGUUGCUCUGUUUGUCACUUCUCAGAAAAUUCAAGUGCUGGAGACAGAUUACACUGGUGCGGAACAAGGCUCACCAUGCUACGACUGUAGAGAUACCUCUGUACCUUGUGUUUGCAGGGUCAAUUUCUCACUCUCCAAGCUUUUUGAGGGUCCUGUGUUCUUCUAUUAUGGCUUAUCCAAUUACUUCCAGAACUACCGCCAAUAUGGAAGUUCAAGAGAUGACGAUCAGCUAUCAGGUUAUACCUCCGCCUUCACGUCACCUAGCGAAACCUGUGCACCUUAUCAGUAUAAUUCCCAAAAGAAGCCAAUUGUGCCUUGCGGCUCUGUGGCAAACAGCAUGUUCAAUGACAGUUUCAAGCUCUAUCACGUCGUCAAUGGUCAGCCAAGGCCGGUUCCUUUAGAUGGAAAAGGGAUUGCAUGGUGGACAGACUACAACAUCAAAUACAGGAACCCUACUGUGAAUGGUACUUUAGCAAGUGCUUUUGCAGACACUGUAAAGCCAAUAAACUGGCCUAGACCAGCUUAUGACCUGGAUACUACAGAUCCAUCCAAUAAUGGUUUCCAGAACCAAGACUUUAUAGUGUGGAUGAGAAGAGCCGCACUGCCAAACUUCAGGAAACUGUAUCGACGAAUCACUGAGGGAGAUUAUGCAAAUGGACUACCUGCAGGGAACUAUACCUUAGAAAUCACCUACAACUACCCAGUACUGGCUUUUGAUGGCCGGAAGAAGGUGGUCUUCAGCAACGUGUCCUGGAUGGGUGGGAAGAACCAGUUCCUGGGCAUUGCAUAUCUAGUGAUUGGCUCCCUUUGCAUUGUCAUGUCAGUAGUCAUGCUUAUUGUGUAUGCAAAGUACAAAUUCCCAGAAGACGAGCUUUAA